AUGAUCUGGGCAGAUUUUUUUCAAAACGUGACAAUUUUUUUCCAUAUCUCCUUUUCACCAGGUACGGAUCCAGAAGACAACAUCAACAAAGCAUUCGAGUUCUUCGACCCAAACAAGACGGGGAAAAUCAAGAAGGCAGUCCUGGUAGAACUGCUGACAAAGGCGCCGUACGGCGACAAGCUGAACGCUGAAGAGUUGAGUGCCAUGAUGGAGAUUGCGAACGUCGAUCACAAGGGGAUGUUCCACUACCGCGACUUCACUGCAGUCCUCAAGGGCAAGGAGGUAGAAGACUAAAGAAAGGGAGAACCUGUAGAAGCGAGGCUACUUCAAGGGGUUUCGUGGAUACUGCUUUGGUCCAAAACCAAAGGACGUUGAAGUGCCAA